CGCUCCGGAGGCUCUGGGACCGUGGCGGCAGGCGGCGGCGCCGGCGGCGGCGGAGCAGCCCUCCGCGGGCCAUGUCUUCUCCGGCCGUGGCCAGGAGCUCCCCGGGAGGGAAUCGGGAGAUGGCCACCGGGCCACAGAGCCGAGGCCAGUUUUGGGAAGUGGGCGGCGGCAGCGGCCACCGGCUGGAGCGCGCCGCGGCGGAGUCGGAGCGCUGGGAGCUGCUGCUGCUCCGCCGCGGCGAGCUGCUGGCGCUGGGCGGCCACCUGAAGGCAGCGCUGGAGGCUUACGGGGCGGCGCUGCGCCGGGGGGCCCCAGUCAGGCCCGAGUGUCUCGGCUCCCUAGUGGACUGCCUGGUGUUCAACUACCGGCUCCGCCACGGGCUGGGCUGGAGCGCCGCCCCGGCUGCGGGCGCCGCCGGGGUCCUCAGCUGCCUGGGCUGCCGGGGCUUCCUGAGCGAGCCGGUGACCGUGCCCUGUGGUCACAGCUACUGCCGCCGCUGCCUGCGGAGAGAGCUCCGCGCCCGCUGCCGCCUCUGCCGGGACCGGCUGCCGCCCGCCGCCGCCAGUGCCACUGAUGCUGCGGGGACUGCCCCGCGGCCGCCGCCUCUGGCCGCCGCCAUCGCCGCCUCAGACUUCAGAACGAGCGUCGUGCUCAACCACCUGGCGGAGAAGUGGUUCCCGGGCCAGCACGAGCGGGCCCGGGCGGCCGGGCGGCUCGGGGAGCUGCUGCACCAGGGGCGCUACCGGGAGGCCCUGGCCGCCGCCUGCGAGGCGCUGCGAGCAGAGCCCAGGGACUUGAUUCUGAAAAUUUACAGAGCGGAAUCAUAUGCUGGUCUCCAAGAGUUUAAAGCAGCCAUAGAAGAUUUGAAUGCAGUUCUCUUUCAACUUCCAGAUUGGCCUGAGGUCUACUACAGGAAAGGAAAAGUGCUCCAUGACGCUGGUUUUCUAGGUGACGCCUUACAACUCUUUCUUCAGUGCUUAGCCCUUGAUGAAGAUUUUGCACCUGCAAAGCUGCAAGUAGAAAAGAUUUUAUGUGAUUUAUUGUCACCUGAAAACUUAAAAGAAGGCCUGAAGGAAUCAUCCUGGAGUUCAUUACCAUGUGUUAAAAACAAACCUUUUGGUUUUCCUUCAGUAAUGGAAGUGUCUCACCCUCCCAUUGAGCUUAGCCCAAAGCAGAGUGAAGAAAUACCAGAGGUCACUUCAGAGCCUGUCAGAGGAAGCUUAAACCGUACUCAGUCAGCACAGUCUGUAAAUUCAACAGCAAUGCCUGCCAGAGAGGAUUGUUUAAAAAGGGUGUCCUCAGAACCUUUACUGUUAGUUCAAGAAAAAGGUGUUUUGCUGAAAAGAAAGUUGUCUCUUUUAGAACAGGAUGUGAUUGUAAAUGAAGAUGGAAGAAAUAAGCUUAAAAAACAAGGAGAAACUCCCAAGGAAGUCUGUAUGUUUUCAUUAGCUUAUGGUGAUAUUCCGGAAGAGCUAAUAGAUGUCUCAGAUUUUGAGUGUUCUCUUUGCAUGAGGUUGUUUUUUGAGCCAGUGACAACCCCCUGUGGACAUUCGUUCUGUAAGAAUUGUCUUGAGCGUUGUUUAGAUCACGCACCGUAUUGUCCUCUUUGUAAAGAAAGCUUAAAAGAGUAUCUAGCAGAUAGGAGGUACUGUGUCACACAGCUGUUGGAAGAAUUAAUAGUGAAGUAUCUGCCUGAUGAACUGUCUGAGAGAAAAAAAAUAUAUGAUGAAGAAACUGCUGAACUCUCACACUUGACCAAGAGUGUACCAAUAUUUGUCUGCACCAUGGCCUACCCCACUGUGCCUUGCCCUCUUCAUGUAUUUGAGCCAAGAUACAGAUUAAUGAUUCGAAGAAGUAUACAGACUGGAACCAAACAGUUUGGGAUGUGUGUCAGUGAUACACAGAAUAGUUUUGCAGAUUAUGGUUGUAUGUUACAAAUUAGAAAUGUACAUUUCUUACCUGAUGGAAGGUCUGUGGUUGAUACAGUUGGAGGAAAGCGGUUCAGAGUUUUGAAAAGAGGAAUGAAAGAUGGAUAUUGCACUGCAGACAUUGAAUAUCUGGAGGACGUUAAGGUUGAGAAUGAAGAUGAGAUUAAGAAUCUCCGAGAACUUCAUGAUUUGGUAUACUCUCAAGCCUGCAGCUGGUUUCAGAACUUAAGAGACAGAUUUCGAAGCCAAAUUCUUCAGCACUUUGGAUCAAUGCCUGAGAGGGAGGACGACCUUCAGGCAACCCCGAAUGGCCCUGCCUGGUGCUGGUGGCUUCUUGCGGUUCUUCCCGUGGAUCCCCGGUACCAGCUCUCGGUUUUAUCCAUGAAGUCUUUGAAAGAACGAUUGACAAAGAUUCAGCAUAUACUGACCUAUUUUUCUAGAGACCAGUCCAAAUAAAUAACUGCUUGGAUCUUCCUUUAAAAUUACUCCGAUCUGGCUGUGCCGACGGCCAGAUUGUCCGCUGCCUUUGCACAUCCAGUGCUGGUUUCAGAAAUGUAAUGAAACUUCUUUUUUCUUCAACCUCCUGAAUCAUGCGGUUCUGCAAAUGAAUCCCUUCAACUAGGAUUUAGACCACUAAGAACUUGCACAGAAAAACACGCACCGAAUGGGUGUCAAACCUCUACAUUGUGAAGAAGUUGCACUAUGUACCAUAUUCUAAAAUGAAAUGAAAACUCUGUGUGUGUCUGUGGAGUGCGUGUGUGCGCGCGCGUGGGGGGGGCGGGGGGUGGUAUGUGUGCAUUUUCUCUGGCUUUAAAAUUUUAAAAGAAGAAAAAGCCAUAGAGUGCAGAACUUGCUGAGGGUCAUUUUUUGCCCAAGUUUACAACAGUAGCGAUACAAGAUUUUGCAAAUUGAAUUUGCCUCAGAUUUAUCUGUCCUAAUGCUUACAUUUGCACAAGUAUGUAAAAUAUAGUAUGAGUAUCAUUCUUUGUUGGAAAUCCUGCUGUUGCUGGACUGUCUUGACCAUUGACUAUGAUACACUUUCCUAUUUAUGUAAAUACUUGGCAUCCCAGUGGCCGACGGGCGUUGGGUGCAGAACUUAGAGCCAGUUUUCAGGAACAAUUGUAAACCUGAUGUGGUACUGUGCAUCUAUUCAUAAAACACUUAAAACUGUGAAAACAUGGUUUACAUUUAAUUGUACAUAAAGGUAAAUGGAGAACUCAAUUCAGUACCAGUUAGUCUGUACAGUUUCGGGGGCUUUUCACAUUGACUGCCCAUCUAUGUAAUUUAUAGUUAGACACCAUGUGUGUGUUUAAGAUGACCUAGUAUAUUUAAGAUGACCUAGUAUAGACCCGUUCGGGAUCUGGGGGACUGAAAAGGUGUGGAGUGAAGCUUUUACGGUUUGUUUUGUUUGCAGUUCUGGUCCUGGUGCAGAUGUUAGUUAUGCCUUAUCCAUAUCAUAGUUAGGUCCCCAUGCUGCGCCAUGGUCUAACAGUUAGGUCCCCGUGCUGCGCCAUGGUCUAACAGUUAGGUCCCCAUGCUGCGCCAUGGUCUAACAGUUAGGUCCCCAUGCUGCGCCAUGGUCUAACAGUUAGGUCCCCAUGCUGCGCCAUGGUCUAACAGGUCCCCGUGCUGCGCCAUGGUCUAACAGUUAGGUCCCCAUGCUGCGCCAUGGUCUAACAGUUAGGUCCCCAUGCUGCGCCAUGGUCUAACAGUUAGGUCCCCAUGCUGCGCCAUGGUCUAACAGUUAGGUCCCCAUGCUGCGACAUGGUCUAUACUCAUGCUGCCCUGGAGACUUUUGUAAUUAUUUGUUGCAAACUUGUGACUGUCCCUAUUAACUUUCUUUUAUGUAAGUAAUUUGUAAAAGUUUCUUAAAAUUUUUGCUUUUGCUUAUUUAAUUUUGAAUAAAAGCAAAAUUCAUAAUACUUCUUUCUUAUAUUUUAGGUCAUUGUUAAAAAGCGAUCAGUGGUGGUGAAGCCACGUUUUGCUUACUGUUUUGUGGGGUCAAUCACAGGUUAUGCUCUCCAGAAUACCUCUUUGGGUCAUUUUUUAAGCAAAGAAUUACAGUGUCUUAGGAGGCUACGGGCCAUUGAACCAUCUUCUAAAGCACUAUUUUUCAGCCUUUCAAACUUCCAUGUCCCUUCAGGAUGAAGAUGGGAUUUAUACAUCCACCCUGUACCGUUGGAGAGCCCCUCUUGGUUGUAUAUAAUUGGCCCUU